CGGAGGGCGGUUUGAAAGCAAAGAGGCAACUUCUGUCAACAUGUUUAAAAUAAACCAAAUUAACUGACAAGACAGAAGUGAGCGUUCGCUGUCAGUAAGAUAUCGUACCUGCAAAUUAUCCGACACUAAUAGUUUUUGCAUUAUUGCCAUCUUUUAGGAGUUUUAUCUAAAGAAACUUGAUACGCUAGCUAACCGCUAGCUAGCUAACGUUACUGCUGGAUGCGUUUGACUUUUAUUUCCACUAAAUGUUGACUCGGUGUAGCACAGAAGUGGAUUCUUUCUUCGCCGUAGCUUAACACUAGCUGUCAAAAUGGCGAGUGUGCAUGAUAGUUUGUAUUUCAACCCCAUGAUGACGAACGGAGUGGUCCAUGCUAACGUGUUUGGUAUCAAGGACUGGGUGACUCCGUAUAAAAUCUCCGUCCUGGCGCUGCUGUACGAAAUGACCGCGUCCAAAACCACACUGCCAGAGAGAAGACGACUGAACAAACUCAUCCUACCCUUGCAGCAGGGUCCAGACCUCACUCUCGGCCAAUUCCUGAAGACUGUGGAGGAAUGUUGCCCUCAGACUGCAUAUGCUGUCAAACUCAGGCUGCAUGAAAUGGCAGACGGAGAGCUCAAAGACAUGGAGUACUUCUUUUCCACUCUUCCCACUCCAUUCACUGCUUUUGAUUCUGAGGCUUAUAAAACAAGUGUUGUAGGGCUUUUUAUGAGACACAUGCUUCUGGCCUACAACAAGCUGUCUUUCAGUCAGGUCUACAAGUUGUACAAGUCCCUGCAGCACUACUACCACAGUCACUACGCCAAGCCUGCCGAUGGGGAGCUGAGUUUGCCAGCGCUGGUCUCUAACGACUCCGACAUGGACCUCACCAGCACUGAGGAUACUGUUGGGGACAGAAUAGACCGAGAGGAGUUGGACACCCCACUGCAUGAGUCAGAGCUUCGAAAUGACAAUACUCCAAGCAGAGGUCCCCUGUCACAGAAACAAGCAGAGUACUUUCUUGCAAGACAGGCAUAUCUUCUGAAGAACGAUGAGAACAAAGCUCUGAAGCCUGCUGCGCUGCAGGAAGAGCUCAACAACAUGCUGAAAUUUAACCCGGAUUUUGCUGAGGCGCAUUAUCUAAACUACCUGAACAACAUGAGAGUCCAGGACAUCUUCCUCUCAGCUCAUAGUCUCUUACAUUAUUUUGAUCGCCUCAUCUUGUCUGGAAAUGAGGGAAAGAGCAACGGGGAUGAGGGCUACGGCCGAAGUCUCCGCUACGCCGCUCUCAACCUGGCAAGCCUGCACUGUCGCUUCGGCCACUAUCAGCAGGCUGAUCUGGCUCUACAGGAGGCCAUCCGCAUCGCCCAGGAGUCCAAUGAUCAUGUGUGCUUGCAGCACUGUCUGAGUUGGCUCUACACGCUGGAACAAAUGAAGGGAUCUGACAGCACUGUGUUGACUGAGGAUUCGGUGAAAAUGGCUGCCCAUUUCUGCCUGCCAUACUUGGCAUCUCUGGGCAUUCAGUCGUUGGUCCAGCAGGGGGCGACACAAGGUAAGACAGCCCACAAACUGAUGGACGCACUGAAGGACACGGACAUCCUGCACUGGAAGCACAGUCUGUCGGAGCUGAUCGAGAUCAGCCUGGCUCAGACUACGUCCAUAUGGAGGAUGUACGGCAAAAGCACCAUGGCUCUGCAGCAAGCCCAGCUGCUUCUCAACAUGAGCAGUCUGGAGCCAGUCAACUUUGGGGUCCAGCAGAACAACACAGAGGCGUUCGCUGUGGCUCUGUGCCACCUGGCCGAGCUGCACGCCGAGCAGGGCCGGUACUCUGCCGUUUCAGAGAUUCUCCAGCAUCUGAAAGAACAGUUUCCUCCUCACUCACAGCAUGCUAAGCUCUGGAUGCUGUGUGAUCUGAAAAUUCAGUUUGAAAGACACAUGAACGAAGGGAAGUACCAUUUGGCAGAGCCACUAGUGACGGCGAUCUCUGCCUUAAACAAAACAGAAGGUCUCUACAGGAAAGCUCAAGUUCUGAAGGCUCUCAACCGGAGCACUGAGGCGUACAACAUCUUACAGCGGCUGCAGGUGCACUGUGAGAAGACUAAAUGUACGGAGGUGGUCAUCAGAGUUAUGCUUUCUACCGCUGAGCUCCACUGGGAGUCGUCUGGCUUCUCCACAGCGCUUCCUCUCCUCCUGCAGGCCUUGGCUCUGGCUAGACAGCACCACCUACAGUCCCUGGCCUCAGAGACCAUCCUCCACCUGGCCUUCACUCAGCUGAUGUUGGGGGUUCCUGAGCACGCUCUGAGUGUUCUGCAUGAAGCCAUUGAGCCUGUUCUGGCCCACGGAUCAGUCAUGGACAAGGGACGAGCCUUGCUGCUAACUGCCCGCUGUCAGAUGGCAGUGGCUGGGUUCAGGCCAAACGGACAAGGGCAAGCAGAUUUGCAUUUGGCCGUUUUGGCUGUUGACACGCUAAAUGAGUCAGCAGCAUAUUUCUCUAAGCUGAACUGUAAGGAGCGGCUGCGGGACGUCCACUACCUGCAGGCUCAGCUCCACCGUUCUCUGGGACAAACCUCGCAGUGCAACAAAAGUGCCAUGCUCUUCCGGCUGCUGGACCAGGAGCUGCAAUCGCCAGCACCACCGGUCUCCAUGCGACUGUAGCUGCUCCCUGUCGAGCAACAAACUAGAGUCAUCUUGGCUUCUGAAAAGGACACUGCUGAGUGGAGUCACUGCGGUCUUAACACUAGAUGGGGACGAAGAUCUUUCCUGCUCCGUCGGCACUAAAAUAUUUAAUUUGUAAAUAUUUAAGCAAAUGUGGAACUCUAUGCACGUGCUGCCUGGCUAGUAUUUAGAGAGGAUAAUGAAGGUAGUCAUAAACAAGGCUGUGUAACGGGAAGAGCCACAAUAGAUCAGUUGUCUCUUCACUUGUGAUCGGGUACAGAUUCAAAUGAUGGCGUGAUGACGAACGGAACAUGUUUUUCAAUACCUCAACCACAGCAACAGUCCAGGUUUGUCAGACAGACAUAACGAGCCUUCCAACAGCGUGGUAGAAAUGUCUAAAGUUUAUCAGGAGCUGUCACAGCUGUGCUGAUUUAGCCUCCCCCUUUUGAUGAAUGAGGGUAAUAUCACAGUUGGCUACAAGAUGAAUGUGUUUCAGUGGCCCAGAUGAUUCAUAUUUCGCCAGAAGAAUAGAGAUUAAGCUGGAAUCCGGAGGAGGAAAUCGUGCUCCCAUUUAUAAUGUAAUAUCGCCCGUGAUGACGUAACACCAGAUACUGUAUCUGUAUUCCACUUACGUCCAACACGGUUUGUGAGAACGAUUUCUGGCUGAUAACAUUACAUUCAGGUGUCUCUUGACGGGCAUGUAAUCCAUUACUCACUGCACUUCUUUCAAGAAAAUAAACGACUUGUUUCAUCUUAUUUUUUGUUUUUGUUUAAUCCCACGCAAGUGUAGGAAUAAUGGCGUGGGGCGUGUACGGUAUCUGCAGUGGGAACAUCUCUACGGUAGAGUUUAGUAAUGGGUUCAGUAGUAUUUAAAGUUGUCCAUAUCUUCUUGCACAACCAUAUCUAACGUGGGGUUUCUGUGUUGACAGAAACUUUCUCUCUCUCUCUGUUUACCAUCUGUCUGCAGUUCCCCUGGAAGUUUCUGGUGACCGAGUUAAAGUACAAUGUUUGUGUUUGUGUCAGUUACCGCAUAAACAAAUUACAGUUUUGCUGUAGUAAAAGCAGGCCUGUUUUUAAUGUAAAUAUCCCGCAGAGUUAUGUGAUACAUCCAGCUCUCACAAGUGAGGUUUUGUCACUGUUGCGUGUUGUGAUGUUGCUUCAGGCACUGGGUGAUAUAAUACCUGUGUGUCUUGAUUACAACUGACAUUGUGAGGGCCAGUUCACAGGGUUGGUUCAGGAGUGUAGUUUAUUAAAGGAGUGUAUGUCAACAUAGUUUCUGCUUUUACCCAAAGAGUCUUUAUGUCGAGGGUAUAAUUUGCUGAACUGGGAUCCAAACCACUAAUUGUUAUCCAUCAAGUUGCACUAAACCAUUUGAAGCAGAAGGUGUAAUUUGACGCUGUUGUUUACAAAGUGCUUUUCAUGCAGCUGAGCAAUUUACAAAGUUGCGAACAUUCUACCAACUGUGAGGAUAUUAAAGCUCUUUUAAACCUGAACGGAGGAAAAAGCAGCUAAAAAAAGUUUUUAAACAUUUUUGAGAUUGAGGUUUUUACCAAAGGCAACUCUACUUGGUUUUUCAUUUUCUCAAAGAGCGCACAUGAGUGGAGAUAUUUACUGAAUACUGAUUGAAACUCACUGGACAGUGAAAGUAAAACAGGGUCAGUCUCUUCAGGGGUCCUGAGUCCUGCACACGUUUUGUUUGCCUCCUUUUACCGUAAUUGAAACACGGUACGAAAAAAUGUGUUGUGUUUUCGGUUUGCUUUGUUUGUCGGCAGAAUUACGGAAAAACUACUCGCCGGAUUUUCACGAAACUCAGUGGAAGGGUGUAUCAUGAGUCAAGGAAGAACCCAUAACAUUUCAGAGCAAAUCUGAAUCACGGAGCGGGUACAAAACAAUAUAUCUUUCCCUUUCUGCGCAGGCCCUUCCAAUUGUGUGUGUUUUAGUGCUGAAACAGUGAGCUGAUUAAUAAGUCGAUACAAAGAAUUAUGCAACACAUUUUAUAAUUGAAAAAUCUUUUAAGUUUUUAAUCAGUCAAAAAUGCCAAACAUUCACUGUGCCAGCUGCUUUUCUGUUUUUACUGGGUGUGCCCUGGAUUAAAUGUAUUAAUAUGUUAUUUCCACAAUACAUGAGGUUCAGUAUAAACACUAAAUAACAAAAUCUGACCAGCCACAAACUAAAAGAAAAGAUAGUAUAUAGUGAUUUCAUGCCUAAUAUUCCAGUAACAGAAACACCCACAGGGUCUGUGUGGUCAAAUAUAACAUCUUUGUUCAAAAAUGUUUAAUAGCAAGCAUGGCAACAAACAUGGCAUAAGAACAAUGCAUGUUUAGAAAAAUAUAUCUGCAAAUGUAUUUUUCAGAUUACACUAUACAUUAACUUAACCUCUACUCGAUAUUAAACAUUUACAAUUCAAGAGUAAUAGUUUCACGAUAGAGUCGCGGUAGAAAACGGCACGGGCAGUUUCCUCUAAAUGUUUGUUUCAGGAUGAACUUACAACCAGGAGAAAGAUUUGGGUAGAAACAGGCAAACAUUCUGAGGUGUCCUUAUUUUUAAUUGUUUCAUGGGUCUAGUUUUCAAUUGAUGGUUUGUCACCAGUUUGACAAUAAAAUAGAUGAAAGUACUACAUGGACAACCACACGGAUUCAUACCUGAAAAUGCAUAGUAAUGAAACUUUUCUUAUUAUUUGCCUAAUUAUUGAUGCUUACUUUGUUUUUUAAUAUGUUGAAUACCAUGUCAUACAUAAAAUAAGUCUAUCAUAUAAAGAAGAUUGUGUUUUGGGUUUCCCCAAAACAUCACCAGUACACAAUGGUGAUGAAACGGGAGUCAAACUAGGUACAACCUCUUAUUUGACUUCCAAACUCGAAUGAUGCCCAAAAAGAUAAAAGUAAUGCUGAAUAAUUGAGUUUGAGUAAAAGAGGUUUUGGUCAUUUUCCAUGUUUGUGUAAAAGUAAGUAGUGGCUUUGUCUCCAUACCU